UCUAUCUCUUCCUCUCCUUCUCGUCAUCAUCCUUCGUCUUUGCUUGGCCCCCGGCGGCCGGAAAUUUGGGUUGGGGUUAGGGUUCCGGCGAGGGAUGGGGACAUGGAGGAAGGCGUAUGGUGCGCUCAAGGAUUCCACCAAGGUCGGCCUCGCCAAGGUCAAUAGCGAAUUCAAGGAUUUGGAUAUAGCGAUCGUCAAGGCCACGAACCAUGUUGAAUGCCCACCGAAGGAACGGCAUGUGAGAAAAAUAUUUGCAGCUACAUCGAUUGUUCGGCCAAGGGCUGAUGUGGCUUAUUGCAUAUAUGCUCUCUCAAGGAGGCUGGGGAAGACAAGGAAUUGGACGGUCGCAUUGAAAACAUUGAUAGUUAUUCACAGAAUAUUGAGAGAAGGUGACCCCACGUUCAGAGAAGAUCUUUUGAAUUAUUCACAUAGAGGACAUGUUCUACAAAUAUCUAAUUUCAAAGAUGAUUCAAGCCCCCUUGCUUGGGAUUGUUCUGCAUGGGUCCGGACUUAUGCUCUCUUCUUAGAAGAACGGCUCGAGUGCUUUAGAGUCUUGAAAUACGAUAUUGAAACGGAACGGUUGGUGAGGCCCUCACAAACUGGUGCUAAGGGACACAGUAGGACAAGGACUUUAGGUUGUCCGGAUCUGCUAGAACAUCUACCAGCUUUACAGCAGCUGCUAUUCCGACUUCUGGGUUGCCAGCCUGAAGGAGGAGCAUUUGGCAACUACCUUAUACAGUAUGCGUUAGCACUGGUUCUGAAAGAGAGCUUCAAAAUCUACUGUGCCAUCAAUGAUGGGAUCAUUAACCUUGUAGACAUGUUCUUUGAGAUGUCAAGAUAUGAUGCUAUUAAAGCCCUUGACAUCUAUAAGAGGGCUGGUCAGCAGGCUGAAAACCUUUCUGAAUUUUAUGAGUUCUGCAAAGGGCUGGAGCUUGCCCGAAACUUCCAGUUUCCAACUCUUAGACAGCCACCACCCUCUUUUCUUGCUACGAUGGAGGAGUAUGUUAGAGAAGCACCUCGGUUUGGAUCUGGUUCAAGUAAAGCGUUGGAAUAUCAAGAGACAAACCUUUUGACCUACAAAGAAGAAGAAGCAGCUCCUCCACCGGAGAGCCCAAAACCUGUUGAAGAGGAACCACCUGUGGAAACUGAAGAACCACCAGAACCAAUCAUAGAGGCUGCUUCUCAACCAGAGACUAUUGGAGAUCUUUUGGGUUUGGAUGAAAUAAACCCUAUGGCUGCUGAACUGGAACAAAGCAAUGCCUUGGCUUUAGCAAUCAUCCAGCCUGGGGAUGAACCAAGCUCAACCAGGACUGGUGGCUUGUUUGGGAGUGAAAAAAAUUCCUCAGGAUGGGAAUUAGCUUUAGUGACUGCUCCGAGCAGCAAUACAAGCCAUGUAGUUGAAAGCAAACUGGCUGGUGGAUUUGAUAAGCUCUUGCUCGAUAGCUUGUAUGAAGACGCUACCAGGAGGCAACAGAUAGCAGCUGCCAAUCCUUUCCAAGCUCAAGACCCGUUUGCCACGUCCAACAACAUCGCACCUCCACCGAAUGUUCAGAUGGCUAUAAUGGCUCAGCAGCAACAGCAAUAUUACUAUCAGCAGCAGCAGCAGCAGCAGCAGCAGAUGAUGAUGGUUCCUCACACUUACCAACCACAUUAUAAUCCUCCUUCGCAGAUAGGCGCUGCAAAUCCCUUCGGCGAUCCAUUGGUUGGCUUCGGGCAACCUGCUCCUCAACAUGGCCAUUCUAGUCUGAUUUAAUUGUUCAUUUUCAUUUUUUUUGUUCUUUUAGUUUUUGGUUGUUCUUCUUCUCAUGUAUGUAUUUGAGAGAAGCAAUAUUCAUUGCUGGUUUCAAGUGUAGGUGAGUUCUUGUUAUAGCUUCUCUUUGUAUGAUUCAUUGUAUUGUUGAGAGAUGCUCUUGAUUGAUCCAGGAGGACUAAUUCUUUUCAUUCAUUAUUUUUUUAAAAAAAACAUUUGCCAUCUAAAAGAACUUCAUUAAUCUUCAUUUUGACUUUUUUAAUUGAAAGAACAUUGUUGGAGCCUUGAUUAAUA